AUGCCUGCAUCAAAUUAUCGCCUGGUUGAGCCACACCCUUCCGUGCCCCAUGCCGGUCGUCCAGCCGUCUAUACCGGCCGAGGUGGAUGUGGGAAUGUUGUCAAUCUAAAGAACACCAAGACCACCGACUCGCGCAGCGCAACCGGUCCCGCCUCACUAGCUCGUCUCGACUCGCGCGUGUCAUCAACCUUCACCUCUGGCCGCGGUGGUGCCGGGAACGUCCACAACAGCACUGAGCGUGCCAUCUUCAGCUUCGAUGAAGAACUCGAACGUGAUCUGCGCCAAGCCGCCCCCAUCUACCACGUCGGACGUGGUGGUGCCGGAAACACCAUGUACCGCGACGACUGCAGCAAUUCCAGCUUGAGUCGGAAGCACUCGGCUGCCAGCACGGCUUCCAAUUCCAGCACUGGAUCCGUGGCGGAUCGUGCCCGUGACUUGGCCCGUCGUGGUCUUGAGAUGAGUUGGGGCAAGCUGAGGGGUACUGCCUAA